UGACGACCACGGGCCAGGUGCUGUCAUUUGUAUGCGACAUCGUCUUCGGUUUUCUGGUGGACGCAACCAACACGAGAUGGGGCAAGCUGAAACCAUGGCUCUUCCUCACAACGAUUCCGUACGCAGCCUGUUACUUCUUCCUGUGGUUUUCCCCUAACAUCAGUCCUGCAGGAAAGCUGAUAUGGUUUCUUGUCUUCAACUGCGCAUACCAACUCUUCGCGACGGGAUUUGGCAAUGCAAGUGACUCUCUCGUGAUGUAUGCCACCCAGCAACCGAGAGAAAGGGACACCCUGAACACAUAUGCGAACGCCUUCAGCAAUGGUGCAGUUCUGCUGUCCACGCUGAUCCAGCAAGGAAUCUUCGCGCUGCUCCACGCCGACAUUGGGUACGACCCAUCUGGCAACGGGACUCACAACGGGACUCACAACGGGACUCACAACGGGACUCACAACGGGACGGACCAUGGUCCGUCUCUGGAUACCGAGAAAACGGCGUACAUGACGGCAGGAGCUGUCGGCUCUGGCAUCUUUGUACUUUGUGGACUGGCGACAGUUUUCGGUGUUCCAGAGAGAAAGGAUAUAACCAGACCUCACCGUUCUUCCUGCUUCCCCUUCGGUGCCAUCAAAAAGCUCUUCUGCCAUCGUCCUUUUCUCAUGAUGUCCGUCAUCUAUGUGUUGUUGAUGCUGGGCAUCAGCGCCAAGCAAACUUACUGUACCUUGCUACUGCAGUAUACCUUCGACUUGUCAGACCAGGUGUUCUACAUCAUUAUCGUAUAUACGGUAGCUUCAAUUGUAUCGACAUUCGUUUGGAAUGUAGUUAUGCGUCGAACCGGCCGAAAGAAAGUUAUGUGCUUGGGGAUUCUGGUCUUCCUACUGCCACACAACGCUGCUCUCCUGUUAGCUACUAAGGACAUGCUGGGGUCCGCGCUGCUACCGUUCAUGUAUGCUGUGACUGUCUGGGGUGGGAUAGGAGAUGGCGCUAUCAAUCUUUUACCAAGUGUUAUGAUGACGGACGUCAUCGACGAUUUCGAACUCAAGACUGACAGGAAGAUGGCGUCUAUCUUCUAUUCCAUGUGGGAUACCGUGAACGACAUCAAUGGCGUCAUCAGCGCUAUCGUCUUCAACUGGAUCCUACAGUCCGUCAACUACAACGCGGAUGACGAUGUACAGCCAAACAGCGUCAAGCAGGCGUUCCGGUACAUAACGGCGGGCACGCCUCCUGCUGCCUACGUCAUAGCCUUGUUGUUCGUCUGGCUGUACCCGAUCACUGAGGAGUCUCGCAUGAAAACCAAGAUGGCCCUGGACGCGAGGAGAGCAGCAGCAGAAGAGGAGGAGAGAGCACUCCUCAAUGCCGUAGAUGACGUCUCCGUUCAGUGAAUGGUCACCCCUUUAAACUACUCCCUGUUGAGGUGGCAUUCUGGCACAAAGUGUGCUGACCUUGUUAAUUAAACGCCGUGACAGGAGGACAGUAACAGGCACCGAGAGUAAUACUGUCUGGAAUAACACAGAUGAUUUAUCAGUUCAAAACAUAAGUUUAGACCGAACAUCCAUUGAUUAUUAAAAUGUGAAAGUUAUUUGGAUGAUCGAUAUUAGAAUGGAAUUUUCCACUGCGAUCUAUGAAUCUUUGAUAGAGAAGACGAUCAAUUGGAAUAGAUUAUGCUAAUUACAACAUUUUUUGCAUAAAAAAAACAAUACAUUUCAACAGGUCGAAAUAUCUCACAGCGGUAUGAGAUCUCCGAUCACUCACUGGAAUUUGUCACUAGUGUUUGAUUAGGCACACACUGCACUGCUGAGUGAUUGCAAAUCAUAAUCUCGAACACAGAUCACUUUGAGGUAAGCGGUGAGCAAAAGUAUUGCAAGGGAUCCAUAGAGUGAGACAAGACAUUUGGUGAUAAUUAGAGGUGCCUUAACACGUUCAUAAGAAUUAAGAAAUGAAUCUGCUGACAGGAGAAUAAAAUAUUUUGACGCCGGC